AUGGAGACUAGGCUUAAAUACGCGGGCAAAGUAGUGCUCAUUACGGGCGUGUCGGUCACCGACACCACCUCUAUCGGCGCCAAAACGGCCAUAGAGUUCGCCAAAGCGGGCGCCCUAUUGGCCAUAGCGUGCGACCAGUUAUUGACAACAACUGGCCAAUCGCUAGCCCCGUUGGCCGCCAAAUGCCUGGCCGUUUCGGGCCCGCAACGGCUAACACCUCUACUAAUCGGGGCCGACAUUAGAUCAGAAGUGGACUGUUUUCGUACCGUAGAGUCGACUGUACGCGAGUUGGGCCGACUCGACGUACUCGUCAACAAUACGGACACCUACUGGGGGUCGACCCCCACCGGCGCGGCGCCGCCCGUGAUUAACCAUCCGGACUUUGUCCAGAAUUACCAUAAUGUAAUGCAGGCCAAUCUCAACUCGUUUGUCUAUUUAACUCAUUAUGCGCUAAAGUAUUUAAUGAUUACCAAUGGCUGUGUGGUUAAUAACGCGAGUAUCACGUCGAUUGUGUCGUCCACUGUUAACCCGCCGGACUGUAUGGCCAAAAGUGCCCUAAAUGUGUUCACCCGGUAUAUGGCCGGCCAAUUGAGAGCGUUGGGCGUUCGCAUUAAUUCAAUCAACCCUGGCGGUUCGCAGACAAACGUGCAUUUGUAUACCAGCCCCGACGCUCUGGCAAACACCUAUACCCACUGGCGUAAUGUAAUCAACACCAGCGACCAGUGCCAGGACAUAGCCCGCGCCGUUCUCUACCUGGCCAGCGGCGAGGCCUGUCAGGUGACCGGGCUCAAUUUUGUGGCCAACUGUUUGUGUAGUAAAUGCUUUUCCGACGAGCUCAGGGCAUUUUAUCACCUUCAUAGAAAGUGA